GAACGCGCCGCAGCGGUAUGUCCCUGCGCGCGGUCCGUAGCCUGGCGGCUAGGCUGACGUGUGGCUGCGGAGGGGGCAGCGAUGGCGGCCGCCUGGGAGGAGAUCCGCAGACUGGCUGCCGACUUCCAGCGGGCGCAGUUCGCCGAGGCGGCGCAGAGGCUGUCUGAACGUAACUGCAUAGAGAUUGUUGCUAAGCUGAUUGCUGAAAAGCAGCUGGAUGUAGUGCACACGCUUGAUGGAAAGGAGUAUAUCACUCCAGCACAGAUUAGCCGAGAAAUACAGGAUGAGCUUCAUGUUUGUGGUGGUCGAGUAAACAUUGUUGACUUACAACAGAUAAUAAAUGUAGACCUGGUCCAUAUUGAAAGCCGAGCUAAUGACAUUGUUAAAUCAGACAGAACUAUUCAGCUGGUGCUGGGACAGUUUAUAAAUGAGAGUUACCUAGACCAAUUAGCAGAAGAAAUAAACGAUAAACUACAGGAAACUGGUCAGGUGACAAUAUCUGAACUCUGCAAGGCAUACGACCUUCCAGGAGACUUCUUGAUACAGACGUUGUCCCCCCGUCUGGGUAGGAUUAUCCAUGGCCAGAUAGAUCAGGACAACAAAGGAGUGAUUUUUACAGAGGCAUUUGUAGCUCGGCAUCGGGCACGCAUUCGUGGUCUGUUCAGUGCCAUUACUAGGCCUACUCCUGUAACUAACUUGAUCACCCGGUAUGGAUUUCAGGAACAACUGCUUUACUCUGUGUUAGAAGAACUUGUUAAUACUGGACGACUAAAAGGCACGGUGGUUGGUGGGAGACAAGAUAAGGCUGUGUUUGUUCCAGACAUCUAUGCCAGAACACAGAGCAACUGGGUGGAUUCCUUUUUCAAGCAAAAUGGUUACCUAGAAUUUGAUGCAUUGUCCAGACUUGGCAUCCCAGACCCAGUGAACUACAUAAAGAAAAGAUACAAGUCCACAAAGCUCUUAUUUCUGAAAGCAGCCUGUGUUGGUCAGGAAAUUGUGGAUCAGGUGGAGGCUUCAGUAGAUGAAGCCAUCAGCUCUGGAACAUGGGUGGAUAUAGCGACUCUUCUGCCCAGUUCAUUAUCCAUAGAAGAUUCUGGAAUUUUGCUUCAGCAAGUGAUGAGAUCUUUCAACAAACAUUUGUCAACUAUAAUCUUCAGUGAUACUAUUGUAGUCAGUGAGAAAUUUAUAAACAGUUGUACUGAUCUGUUCAGGGAGUUGAUGCACCACAAAGCCGAAAAGGAAAUGAAAAAUAACCCUGUUAAUUUAGUCACUGAAGAGGACCUGAAAGAGGCUUCUAUUUUAGAAAAUUCAUCUGCUAACAAAAAAGACAGAAAGGAUGAAAGAAGAAAGAAAGCAACAGAGGGCAGUGGAAGUGUGAGAGGAAGUGGUGGUGGAAAUGCCAGAGAGUUCAGGAUUAAGAAAACCAAGAAGAAAGGAAGAAAGGAUGCGGAGAGUGAUGAGGAAUCACAAGCAAGUAGCACAAGUAGGAAUAAGCAUCUGGAGAUUCCUUUCAUGUCACGGGAAGAGAUUCAAGAUGUUUUAAGGAGCCAUAUAGAGGACUGCCCUGAAGAGCUUAUUACAGAACUUGCCGAACAUUUAAUACGGUCCCUAACAAAGAGCUACCAGGAAGUGGUACGUUCAGUAUUCGUGUCUUCAACCUCUUCUUCAUCUGGAGCUAGCAGGAGGCGGACCAUCAAGGAUUUGCAGGAAGAAGUUUCAAACUUGUACAAUAAUAUCCGAUUAUUUGAAAAGGGAACAAAGCAUUUUACAGAUGAGACACAAACUAAUCUUGCCAAACACAUGCUGAAGACAGUUUGUACAGACAUCACAAAUCUUAUUUUCAACUUUCUUGCUACCGAUUUAAUGAUAGCAUCAGAAGAUUGUACUGCCAUUACAAGUGAGGUCAGGAAAAAGAUUUUAGGUAAAUUACCCGAAGAGACCAGAGGUCCUUUAACUAAGCUACAUACUUCUCUGAAUGGCAAGAGUUUAGAAGACUUUCUUUUGUGCCUUGAUUCUUCAGCAGAUGCUUGUGAUAUUAUGGUGAAAAAAGGGGACAAAAAGAAGGAAAGGCAAAUUCUGUUUCAGCAUAGACAGGCUCUGAUUGAACAACUGAAAGUCACAGAAGAUCCAGCUCUUGUUUUACACCUGACAUCGAUCCUGUUAUUUCAGUUUUCAACACAGUGCAUGCUUCAUGCACCAGGAAGAUGCGUACCACAAAUCAUUUCUUUCCUAACUACUAAGAUCCCAGAGGAUCAACAUUCUCUUCUGGUCAAAUAUCAGGGAUUAGUGGUGAAACAGUUGAUCAGUCAGAAUUAUAAGAUUGGACAAGGGGAUGAUGACACAGUGGAUGAUAACCUAGGGGAGAAAGAAUGUCCAGACACUAUUCGAAAAGAACUCCAAGAAAUCACCGCCUCUCUCAAAGAUCUUGUUCUGAGACCCAGAAAAUCUUCUGUAACAGAGGAGUGAAGGUCUAAUUAAAUUUUAAAUCCAGCGAACAGUCAGAAUAUUUUUUUCUGAAAGGAGAAAGAAGUUCACUGUGUUGGGGUAGUGAAGAAUGGUUGAGAUAGUCUUGGCUUCCGAAAUUUUGCGUAUAGAAUUGAAGCCUGAGGGAUAACAGGCAGUGGUGGAUCUGAAUUUUGAUUUACAUUCUUUUAAAAUAUAUAUAUAUAUAUAUUAUAUGCAUGCAUUGUUACAUAAGACAUUAAUAGCAACACGUAAAUUGGCUAUGUAAUUAAAAUUCUAAGAUGGAGCCUUUUAUGUAGUAUUUCAGGAAAUAUUUACUCUUUCAAAUGGUUAAGAAUUCUUAUACAUAUAUCCAUAAGUUUAUAAUUUGCUUUUCAGAUGUGAAUUUCCCCUGUGCCCCUUUUUUUUUACCUGUUUAGUAAUUAUCAAAAUGUAAACGUUUCUCUGGAUUCCACAGCUACAUUUUAAAAUUAAGGUUAUAGGUAUGUAAUAGCGUGGAAUAAGAGGUCAUCUUUACUUUUUUUGAUCUCAUGAAUUGGAACUUUUUCAGGAGUGCAUAUUAAGCAGUGCAGAGGUUAAUAAUAAAGUGGUCAGGCACACCUGCACAAAAUAGUAAAAAUAUCUGAUCAGUUCAAAUAAGGUUAUUAACCAAAGAGGUUAUGGUGCUGAAUUAAGGAUGGAUUUCUAGAAUUUUUUUCAAUGAAUUCCAGUGAAUUUUGCACACACUAUUAUUUUUCAUUUCAUGUCCCUUAACUAAUGAUUUGUCAUAAAACUGCAAGUGACCUAUAUUGGGUUUUUGUUUUGUUUUUUUUGAGGGGGUGAGGUGGGGGACUUCUGUAAUUAGCAUACAAGUUAGCUUGUUCAUUUAACUGACGGGCACUCUUAUUACAACACAGUUUCAGAUACGAUUCCUAGAGAGGUUUCUUAAGGGGACAAACAUCCAUUAUAUAUGCCAUUUUUAUUUGAGAGAGUUUGGUUCAGAAUUUUGUUCACUUUACAGUAUGUUUCUUAAAAGAAAUUCUGAAAAUGUUAACCAUUUUGGAUAUCAACUACAGUGUUUUUUCUAGUGUUAACCUAUUCCCAGAGGUAUUUGAUAUUAUUUUGCAAUAUUUUUGUCAUGCCCAUUGUAAUUUACAUCCUCAUUUGUACAUGGGGUGUAUUAUAUGUCUUAGAGAAAAUAUGUGUAAAGUAUACCAACUAGAAUCCUUCCAAUAUUAGUUAAUUACAUAAAUUUUGUAUGUCAGUUGUAUAUCUUUUUUAUUUGUUUUGGAUCCCGUGCAAUUUUAAUUUAUCAUAUCAGUUUCAGCUUGUUAUCACUGAAGUAUGCAAUGAUUAUAUGUACUUGUAAUGUUACCUAGUUGCUUGCAUAAAAUCAAGUCUGAAUAGUAAGGUAAUAGACAUUGCUGUCCAGUGAAAAUAAUAGUUGUUCUAAGUAUUCUCUCACUCUUGCCAAAACUCUUUUGGCACUGAGAAAAACCUACUGUAGGGAUGUUACCAAGUGGCAUUGUCUGUUAAAUUCCUGCAGGUCAUGUGCAGUGGUGUACACUGAGUAGACGUCAACCAAAAAUGUCCCCAAAACUGUGAUUGCAACAAAAAAAAGGGGAUGAGAUUUGAACUUUUGUCUUACUGCAUUUAGGCUUGUUUUUAGAAUGGAGUUUAAAAAACAGAAUCACUUAUAUAAAAUCACUAAAUUACUGUACUAAAUUCAAUAAUAUCUUUACAAAACAGCAGUGAUCCUGUACAAAAGAGCAGCUCCACUCUCUGCCCUCCAGACUUAGAGGCAGAGGCAGUUGUGUCCAUCAUCCUAGCUGGAAGCCCCUAUACAACCAUGUCACCUGAAAAGAAGGGCCAGAGAAAAGCAAAAGAGGAAAAUAUUCUGACUGCUUUAACUUUGUUAAAAAAAACAUGGUUUGCAUACAAUAAACGUACUUAGUCUCUUGUUAUUGAAUCAAAAUAGUUCUAAUUUUCCUAUAUUAAAUGUACACACUUUUAAAUGGCAUUGAUGAUUUUGUAAAUAAUACUGUACAAUCUGAUAUCUUUAUGCAAAUAUAAUUAUUUUAAUAAAGUUAAUGGUUAAGUGGAUAAA